CAUGAUUCCGUGAGAAAUUCUUCAACACAAGAUGGCGUUCCAGGGGGAUAUUUCGGAUGAGGAAAUGGACCGUGAGGCUAAGAUUCAUCAAAACCAGCCAUAUGACGAGUCCCUGGAUGUUCCGGAUGCUGAGGAGAUCGCCAGCACAUACUCCCCGACCCCAAGGAUUCCCAACCCUGCAGCUCGAUCUAAACAAGCUCUGGGUCUCUCUGCUCCCAAAUCUAAUUUACAGAAGCCAGACAGGGGACACAGCCGAGGAGAUUCCCCUCCCACCUCUAACUUGUCUGAGGACGAUGAUGAUGAUGAUGAUGAUGAGGAUGAUUUUAACGAGCCUGGCAACCAUCCAGGUGGUCUUCUGACCGGUGGACCUCCCAAACCCAAGCCGCUGAAUGGUCGACCUCCUCCUCCUCAACAGUUCGGGGGGCCAGGAGGUGGACAACAGAAACAGUUCAACUCUGAGGAGGACGAUGAUGAUGAUGACGAGGAUGAAGAAGGAUCAUCUGGGGAGGACGAUGAAGAAGAGGGCCAUCCUCCAGUUGAGGGAGCAUAUGACCCCAACGACUACGAGAGUCUGGUGGUGAACCCUGAGAUCAAGGAGCUGUUCCAGUACAUCACCCGCUACACUCCGCAGUCGAUCGAGUUGGACCACAAACUGAGGCCCUUCAUCCCCGACUUCAUCCCUGCUGUGGGAGACAUUGAUGCAUUUAUCAAGAUCGCCCGGCCUGAUGGCAAGCCUGACACACUGGGUCUGACGGUGCUUGAUGAGCCCUGUGCCAAACAGUCCGACCCCACCGUGCUGGAUCUGCAGCUCAGAGCCAUCUCGAAACAGACGACAGCCAAACAGCUGGUUGUGAAGAGUCUGGAGAAUGCUGACCGCAACCCCAAACACAUCGAGAACUGGGUGGAGAGUAUCAGAGAACUACAUCGGUCCAAGCCACCGCCCAACGUCCACUACUCCAAGAACAUGCCCGACAUCGACACACUGAUGCAGGAGUGGCCGCCUGAGUUUGAGGAGCUGCUGAAGGAGGUUGGUCUCCCGACGGCGGAACUCGACUGUGACCUGGGCCAGUACGUGGAGAUCGUGUGCUCCAUGCUGGACAUCCCUAUCUACCGUAACAGCACCCACCAGAACGAGAAGAUACAGGCCCUGCAUGUUCUCUUCACCCUGUACUCGGAGUUCAAGAACUCACAGCAUUUCCGCACCCUGGCUGAGGAGAAUCGCCUGGAUAAUUCCUUCAAGCCUGAGGACCACACAGACGACCAGGAGAGACUGAUUCUAUAGCAUCUACCAACACACAACACAACGGGGUACAGAGGAGGGUUUUGGACCUGCUGAAACAAUGUUUAACUUUGAAUUACAUGCCUCAUGUACCAAGAUUUUGGUUGGGAGGCAAUUUUGUAACGUGCUGAAUGUCAUCAAAUUCAGUUAAAUUGGUACUUUCGAUUUUUUUUUUAAAAAUGGCUUGUUGCCAUGGUGAGCCACGGAUGUACCAGGGGAUGCUGAAACACAUUCAUAGCGAAGAUUAGGCCGUGAAGUGUUAACCAAAUGUUUCUCAUUAUGGGUCCAGUAGUUUCAAACAUCACAUGUAUAUUUGUUCAGUGCAGUGUUUAUUGGUUGACUUUUUCCGCCAUGAUAUCUGGUUUUAAUAUCAGAAUGAUGAAAGUCAAGGUUGCCAUGUUUUUUCAGUGAAAGAGUUAUCUUCCCUUUCCUGGCCUAAAACAUGCAGACAUCGUUGCUGAUAAGAUCGAACUGUGUUCCUGCCUGAUGUUUAACAUGGCCUGGUAGCGUGGCUGUCAUCCCUUGAUGAGAAACAUUUGCUGACUUCUUGUGUAAUCACACGAUACUGUUGUGCCUUGUAUGUGUACGAGUGAAGACAGGAUUGACUGUAGGACCUUGUCUCCGUUGAUGGGCACAGCUUUCAGUGCCACCCUGAUGUUGAUGAAGUCUGCUGGACUAAUACACAGACAUAAUAAAAAAUUCUUUAUUCAUGGUUGAAUUAUCCACCUCAAAAGAAGUCAUCUGACAUCACACAUUAUGUAUAGUAAUAUGUCAUUCUUAACUUCUUUUGAGAAGUCUACCAUUACAGUAACUAUAGUAAUAUGAAAGAAUCGGAUUGUCCUUAACAUAUUUCAGUAGUAUAUCAAUAGUAUGAAAUAAUUGGGUUGUUCUUAACUUAUUUGAGUAGAGUAUUACAGUAGAACAUGGAUAUAACGAACUACAAGGGACCAGAGAAAUCAGUUCUUUAUAUCUGUUGUUCGUUAUAUAUGUUUUCGCUCGGAAACGUCCGCCAUCUUAGAUAAAACAUAACACAAUACACGUUACUGCAGCAUUGACUUGUAUUAGCAGUGAUCACUUCAUAGCAUUCAAUUGAUAACAUUUUAUAACAUUCCUUUGAUAACAUUAAGUUCAUAACAUUUUUCGAACAUUGUUAUCAAAUUCCUCUUACUAUUGCCCGCCACGAUAGUAUAUGACACUUGGACACAAUUUCGUAAAAUUUAUAUGUUUAAUGUUUGUUUUACAGACAAGAUUACAUGUACAGGUAAGAUUAACACAAUGCAAGGUUGAUCCGUCACCGCUGAUUGUGUUGAUUUGUGGUGCCGAUUAACCGCAGAUCACUGAGUGAGAUUUCUCAGUUCGCUCUACACGUCACUAAUUAGUGGUAAAUGGGCCUUGCCGGUGAUCAGAUAUCAGUUCACUAUAUCCAUAGUUCGCUGUAGAGAGUGCGUCAUGUACGUAAGUUUUAUAUGAUGAUAUAUAGGACAUAAAUCGGGGAUUUUUUGCAGUUCGUUGUAUCCGUUUUUUCACUCUAUCUGUGUUUGUUAUAUCCGUGUUCUACUGUAGUAAUAUCGAAGAAUCGGGUUGUCCUUGACUUCUUUUGAGUAGUAUGUGUUACGAAACAUAAGAAAACAAAGGAGCCAAUGCCAUGCAAAACUACUGUUUUUUUAGAAUCGUCAUUAACCUAACAAUCCGGACAAUAGGAUCUGAUUAGGUUUUUCUUGUAUAUAUUUGUUAACGGUAUGAAAUCCUAGUAUUGUGACUUGUUAUGUACAGUGCGUUACCGUCAGUGUACUGUUUUACUUGGGCCAGAAUAUCAUUGACUGUGAUGUUAACAGACACCCAGCAGCAAGAAAUCGCUGUUGUGAUGUACCGCUUGUAGUGAGUGGUACUCGAUGUUUGACACUGCUGACAGUAACUCCACUACUGUCGAACACCUACAAGAUGACCACGCAUUCAGUCAUCACCAAUCGGUGGGACUCUACAUUCCUCAACUCACACGCCGUCAUUGUUUCUACAUAGCCAUUGUAACAGACAAGUGUUAUUCUAUAUCAGCCCUGAUCAUGUAUCCUUCAUCACACGGCUGUUCAUCAGUACUAGAGGUUGAGGAGUCAUCGUUACAAAUUAAGAGGAGUUUCGUGCUUGAGGUUUGGCUCAAAUAUUUUAAGCUAGCAAACCACUAAGUGUUUAAUAUUAAGAUAAUUGCAAGGAAUCCAUCCUUAAUUUCAAAUCCAGAUUGAUAUGGAAUUUGAUCUUGAAACAUGCGCCAGAUGUUGCAUACUAUUUAUACAUUGAUGAAGAUGAAGGAAUAGUAUUCUACUCAAAAGAAGUUAAGGAAUGUCCAGUUCUUUUAUGAAAGCAUAGACUAUAAUGGCAUGACAGAUUCACUAUAGUUAUCUGAAAGAAGCAGUUGGCCCUUAAUUUCUUUUGAGUAGUAUAUUCAUCAGCGUUAGAAAUUGGCACUAGUCCUGUAGUCCUUCCCAAACUGCCCAAUGGUUAAGGUAUCCUACGGACUAGUAGAAAUUGGCCCGUUUUAAGGGUUUUGCUAUAUGUUAUCAUUAUAAGGACUAGUGGACAAAAACUGUUAGUUUCUAACCCUGUUCAUGUAUGUUACAAAUGUGUGGAGAACCUCCACAGAAGUCCAUUCCGUCCAUGUUGUUCAGAGCUGUUGUUGAUGGUUAUUAGUGAAGACAAGAGAUCUGUGUGUGGACAGUCUUGUGAAGAUCAGAUCAGAGAUAACACAGCUGCUCAUUGUUGUGUGUGGCUCCCUACCCAUGUUUAAUGACAACUGUUUUACUUGUACAGAUGGAAAUAUGUGAAUAAAAAUAUUUAUUGGAA